AUGAACUGCGACACAUGGAGGGACCACGGACGAGCAAAGUCCUCCUCAGAGUGUCGCAGUUAUAGUGUCAUGACCCCUCCUGCUCCUCCUGGACCCCUGCUGCUCCUCCAGGACCCCUCCUGCUCCUCCUGGACCCCUCCUCCUCCUCCUGGACCCCUCCUGCUCCUCCUGGACCCCUCCUGCUCCUCCUGGACCCCUCCUCCUCCUCCUGGACCCCUCCUGCUCCUCCUGGACCCCUCCUGCUCCUCCUGGACCCCUCCUGCUCCUCCUGGACCCCUCCUGCUCCUCCUGGACCCCUCCUGCUCCUCCAGGACCCCUCCUGCUCCUCCAGGACCCCUCCUGCUCCUCCUGGACCCCUCCUCCUCCUCCUAG